AUGGUUAUGUCAUCUGACAAAAGGUUUGGACCUUUAAGUUAUAAAUAUUACAUAGGAAUAUGUAAUUGCUAUAGCCAAAACUGGGCCUCAUUGUAAAAUAUAUAUUGUAUUUUAAUUAAAAGGGUCUUUAUUUGCUAUUACAUUGAUAGGUUUAACUAGAAUUUUCUAUAUAAUGAUGAAAUAAUGAAAAGUUUCAGGUCAUGA